AUGUCCGCUUUAGACCUCUUCUCACUCCCUCUGCCAGCCCAUCCGCCCAGCGGAUACGGCUAUGCCUCACGCCCUCUGUCCUUGUUGUCGACGGUGUCUGCGUUUAAGACGGGGAUAGACCAACGUGACAUCUUCCUCGGUGUCAAUUGCUGUGUUAUCUGCGGUGAGGACACUCCAAUUUUGGAGCAUUGUCACAUUUGGCUCGACCUUCAGCGACGCAGAUGGAUCCCGUCCCAAGCCAAAGAACACGUAGAGCACGAACCACGAAACGGUCUUCUGAUGUGCCCCACCCAUCAUAAGGCGUUCGAUGCAUAUGAGUUUUUCAUACGCUACAUGCCCGAAGCGAGAAAGUUUGUCUUCUUUAAUCACACCGAACAUCGCGGAGCGGCUCAAUUUCACGGAAAAGCCAUCGCGCUCGACAUCGGUCAUCGUUAUGCACCUUUUCCCGCACUGUUCAUCCUCCAUGAGCUGCGCGUUCGGGCGCACAAUCCGUUUCACUCUACCUUUCAAUCGCCUGACGAAAUCCAAUGGCAGGAUUGGAUCACAUCGUCGGGUAUAUUGAACACUGACUCGACGCACGGCUUUUUCGACUCCAACCCCCGGCCCUCACCUGCGCCCGCGACCAGCUCUAUGCCGCCACAACAGCCACAGUUCCCGAUGCAGCAGGGCGAUACUUCGGUUUCAUCUGACGGGCCCGUCUUGGGUCUCGACAGUGCCACGAUCUACAAAAUCCUCGCCGCGACGCGUGAAAGUGCGUCGUGGAAGGCUUGCGUGAUGGAGGGGACGAGCUGGGACGGGACGGCGGAUGAGAAUAGGGAGAAGUAUCAGGCUUUGUUUGGUCCAGGCGGCGGCGUUGGGACUGUAACCCGCGCGGAGGAGGUGAGAGAAAUGGACAUGUACAUGUAGGACUUGCGGGGUGUUGUGUUGUGUUGGACUUGUAGUUGUUGUGCUGUGAGCACUGGCGUGUUAUUGUAUCCUGUAUUCUGUUAUGAGUAUGUACCUCCGAUUGUAAGUUAACACCGAUGUGUUGUAUUCGUUCUUUUUCUGUGCAGUUUGUUUAAUUGCCUUGUCGACGAAGAUUGAUGGUUUUCUCAGCGGGUUUCGGGCUGGUUUUGAUCGAGUACCAGGCGUUUAUUCCC